AUGGCCCCCGCCAAAAGAUCCCACGCCACUUCGGAAGCAGGCAGCAUGGAGGGGGAGCUGCUUGAGGUGCGGCACAAAAGGGCCCAUGUCGGCCAGGACGCGCCCUCAAAACGAGUUCGACUUUCACACAUCGCUCCGCCGAAGAAGCCAAGCCCCCAGAGGGACGAGCACCCAAGCUCCGGAAGCGAAGCUGGUGCGGACGAGGAAGACGAGGAUGGACGAACCGGCCGUGACUCCCCUCCCCGCACCCAAUACGAGAUUGCGCGAGACGAUGGCUUCAGGCACCUGCAGUACGAGGAUCAAGACGAUCGACGUGCUACGCAGAAAAUCAAAAGCCGGCCGCAGCGCAUCGGCGACAACCAUGCUGCCGAGAAUGGCAUCAUCGAGAGUGUCGAGUGCAUUAAUUUCAUGUGUCAUGAGCGUCUCUUUGUCGAGCUGGGUCCCCUGAUCAACUUCAUCGUUGGUGAGAAUGGAAGCGGCAAAAGUGCAGUCCUUACCGCACUGACCCUGUGUCUUGGCGGCAAAGCAAGCUCUACCAACAGAGGUGGAAGUCUCAAGAGCUUCAUCAAGGAAGGCAGAGACAACUCUGUCAUCAUUGUGAGGAUUAAAAACCAGGGCAUAGACGCCUACCAACCCGAUCUGUACGGCGAAACCAUCAGAGUCGAACGUCAUUUCUCCAGGGCUGGCGCCAGUGGCUUCAAGCUUAAGAGUGUGACUGGGAAAACUAUUUCUACAAAGAAGGCCGAUGUCGACGAGAUCUCCGAGUACUGGGCUUUGCAGGUCGAUAAUCCACUCAAUGUCCUGUCCCAAGAUAACGCUCGCCAGUUUUUGAAUUCUUCAUCGCCCACUAUGAAGUACAAAUUUUUCGUUCGCGGUGUACAGCUGGAACAGCUCGACAACGACUACAAACUGCUAACAGAGAUCCUUGAGAGUCAUGAGGCAAAGUUGCCCAACCUAGAGGAGCAUGUCAGUCGUGCCAAGAGAGAGCAUUCGGAAGCGCAGAAGCUUAAAGAUAUUGCUCAGAAGAACGAAGAGAUGAGGAGGACAUAUCGCCGUCUCCGCAAUCAGCUUUAUUGGUCACAAGUAGCUGAGCAAGAAGACGUGCUUGUCAAGUACAACGAUGAAGUCACUGCUCUGGAUGGGGAAAUUCAACGCGCCAAUGUGCAUAUAGAACAUACAACACAAGCUCUAAUCCAGCGCGACGAGAACCUGGAGCGUGCGAAAGGUGCAGUCGAGUCCGAAUCACAGGAAGCUGGUGCCAUUCAGGAAAAAAUCGACCUUGCCGAAGGAGCGUACCAAGACGCCAAGCAAUCCGUCACCGACAUACACCACCAACUCAGAGAUGUUCAGCAACGGCUCAAAAGCGCCGGGCAAGGGGUGGCUGAGUUUGAGACCAAGAUUGAAGCCGAAGAGCAGCGAUUGGGUGCUGGAGCUGGUAGCGCUCGCCAGGAACAGGAGGGUCUUCUGAGUGAAGCAAGAUUAGAAGAAUCCACGGUCAAACAAGAAAUUGCCGACGAGAACAGCAUGGUCCCGCAACUCAGAGCCGAGCUGAGCCGUUCCCAGGCUGCCUUGCAAGGGGGUAAGGCUGAUAUCGACAGGAAGAGGGCGGAAAUAUCCUCUGCGGAGGGACGUUUGCGCAACCUGGAGCAGAACAGAGGCUCUGUUUGGGCUGCCUACGACAAGAAGAUACCUCUCCUUCUUCAAGCGAUCGAGCGAGAAAAUGGGUUUCACGAAAUGCCCGUGGGGCCCAUUGGAGCCCAUGUUCAGCUCACUCAGCCCGAAUGGUCUCCCAUUUUGGAGACAGUCUUUGGCGCAACGCUGGAUGGCUUCCUUGUGUCUAACAAAUCGGACCAACAACGCCUGACAAGACUAAUGCAGCAAGUCAACUUGCAACGCUUUCCCCCCAUCAUCAUCAGCAAGCGACUGCCGCCCAACACCCACCUCAGGGAGCCGGACGCAGCGUUCGACACUGUUCUCCGGGUGCUCAAGUUCGACAAUGAUUGGGUCCGCAGUCAGCUCAUAGUGGCGCACACCAUCGAUAAAAUCGUUCUGAUAAGAGAGAGGACGAAGGCAGAAGAUGUAAUGAUGAGUGAUUCACCUCCACCAAACGUUCAAGCUUGCAUUUCUCUACACGACGGCACGGGUAAGAGAGGCUUUGGCCUUCGCAUGGCCCGAUCAAGCGGUGCGGGUUACAACACAGGAACCAUCAACCCUUUCCCUAGAGCGCCAAGGAUGAAGUCUGACGACCAAACACAAAUUAGCCUGGCAAAGGAAUCGUUAACUCAUCUGCGUGGAGACUUACGCUCGAUGGAGCUGAAGCGGCGAGAGCUUGACCAAACGGUCGCAAAAUGCAACACCGCUCUGAAUAACCAACAGCUACACGGUCAGUCCCUGGAGAGGAAGCUGCUGCGAGUUCAGGCCAGAAUUGAAAACAUCUCUGCGGAACUGGACCAAUACGAAGGAGCAGAUGGCCGGCUCAUAUCACUCCGGGAAGAGCUGGAAAAGAUCAUAGCUGAACGAGAACACCAUGGAACCCAAUACGGCGAGAUGCGACUGCGACAAAGUGAACUCAAUAAAAAAUGUGAGGAGUGCAAGAGGACGCUUGCCGAGGAGAAGGGGAGAAUGAAAGAUUUCCAGGCUCAAGUCACGAAGUUGCAACUCGCAGUUCAGAAAGCGGAGGACCUGCGGAAAAUGGCAGUCCUCGAGAAGAAUGGCGCGUUCCAGGACCGUGAUGAUGCGGUCCUUGAGAAGGAGCGAGCAGAAACGAGGCGUGACGAACAAGCCGAACUUGUCGCCAAUUUCACACAACAAGCCAUGGACAAGGCGCCGCAGCGGGUGUACAUCGAGGAAGGCGAGACUCACAAGAGCAUCGAGAGCAAGUACGCUGUCAUUCACCAGCAGCUGGAGAAGAGGGCUCAGAGAUUGGGAGCGUCGGAUGAAGAGAUCAAGGAACGGGCGGCUAGGGCGGAAGCUGCAUAUGAAGCUGCGCAGCAACUUUACAAGGGCCAGCAGGAGGAGCAAGCGGCAGGCAAGCUGAAUCUGGAGGACCGACUGAACAGAUGGCGACUAUUCCAGCGACACAUUUCGGCGCGUGCUCGCAUCUGCUUCCAGUACCUGUUGAGCGAGCGUGGUUUCAGGGGUAAACUGGCGAUUGAUCAUCCCCAGCGUCGGCUGCAACUCUUCGUGGAACCUGAUGAAACCCGCAAGGGCACUGCUGGUCGGAGCACAAAGACGUUGUCUGGUGGUGAAAAAUCAUUCUCAUCCAUCUGCAUGCUGUUAGCCAUUUGGGAGGCCAUGGGCUCGCCUCUACGAUGCCUAGACGAGUUUGACGUCUUCAUGGACAAUGUCAACCGUACCAUCAGCACCAAUAUGCUUAUCACUGCUGCUAGACGCUCCGUGUCACGUCAGUACAUCAUGAUUACACCAAACGCAAUUGAAGGACGAGCCACACUCGACAAAGACGUCAAGAUCAUCCGUCUGACCGACCCCCGGCAGCGGACCUUGGUCUGA